AUGCCGGAAUCAAACAACAAGGGACUACACUCCUUCAAGACAAAUGUCGAGGUCGCCGCGAUGGCGGGCAGUGGUGUAUAUGCUGCCAACGAACUCGGUAAAGCAGUCGCAGAAGACUAUAAGGACGCCAGUGACCACUAUGUGAAGGCAGCAGUGGGGGCCGCUGUCGCGGUUGGAGCCUUCCAGCUUCUCAAGAAGCAGAAACGUGAACGCGAGGAAGACGACUACGCCAGCAGCGACGAUGAAGAACAUCACCACCGCCACGAACCUCGGCCCCGUCGGCACUCACACCAUGAACAUCACCAUGAGCACUCGGAGUCCCCAGGUCACACCAGGCGGCUCUUGGAGGAGGCCGUGGGGGCGUACAGUUUGGGCAAGGAGCUCUUGGGCGACAGACGCCACCAUGUGAUCCACUUAGUCACGGAGGCUCUAGGAGCAGUUGCCGCUGUGAAGGAGGUCAACGACAGGAGCAAAGAAGCUCGAGAAGUUUGA